AUGUAUACAGCAAUCAAAAUAGCUCAAGAUGACUUUGAGGUCUUGGAACCAUUGCGAGAAUACAUGGAUAUAGUGAUUCAGUCAGUCAGUGGUGAUGGUUUACUUGGUAGCUCAUCCUCUGGUGACUCAGGCAGCAAAAAGAAAUCUGUUAUUGACUCACUCCUUAACAUUGAACUUAAAGUUCCUGGAAGAGUUGAAUCCACACCUCGGAAGCUUCAGGAAACUGAGAAUUCAGAGUCAGAACAGAACCCAAAAGAUAAACCCAGUUCAGCAGGUGGUAUUGUCAACAGUGACCCUGGUGGUAAAGAAUUUCGUGGUACUGCUUCAAAUAAAAAUGAAAUUGGUAGGGGUCCAUCUGGCCAAAGUGGAUUUGAUGUGAACGCUGGUUAUGGUUCUUCUGCCAGAGAAACAGGUGAUACCAGUUUGAGAAGUGAGAAUCAAUUUGGUGGUGGUAGCUCUGGAAAUCUGCUAUCCAAUUUACUGACUUCUGUUGAGCAGGGAUUUGGAAUCAAUAAAAUUGGUUGGAGUGGACUGAGUGGCAGUGCGUCUGCUGGGGCCAAAGUCAAAGGCCUUGGACUUGAUGCUAGUAGUGCAGGAAAGCAAAGCUCUCUUGAUUUAAAACUUGGAGGAAAUAAGGUUGGAGCUAAAAUUGGUCUUGGAUUAUCUAUUUCAAAUAAAUUUGGUGACGAUGCCCUUAGUGAUCAUGGAAUAAAAGGUGUUACCAGUGCAAGAAAUGGGAAUAAUAUUUUUGGAAUAUUAGGAAACUUGGGCCUUGGUUCUAAGAAAUCUGAUCAAAAGGGAUUUGGAAGCAGUGGAUCUGAUGCUAGUGGCUCAGUGGAAAAGUCCUGGUUACUUGAUUUUGGACCUGGAGGAAGGAAGGGUAGAGAUGUUGGUCUUGGAGUUUCUGGUUCAAACACAGUUGCUGACAAUGGCCUUAGUGAAAAUGGAAUAAAAGAGGAAAAGACCUCGUUUUCUGGCAUUGCAAAUGAAGAUGAAAAGGAUAGAGUUGGUUUGAGUGAUUCUAGUUCAAAUCAACUCCGUGACAAUGGCCCUAGCAGUGUAGACCUUGAUGGAGCUAAAGUAGAUGGUUCGGAAGGCUCUAGAUAUUCCGGUAUCUCCAGCACUCUAGGUGGCUCAAGUGGAAAAAGUGGGGUUGAAUAUUCUGGUGUUGUCUCUGAAGAUUCAGGAGUCAAUCUGGGGUCAUCUGAUCAACAGGGAUUUGGAAUCAGUGGAAUUGGUGGGAAUGAAAAGAGUAGCGGUGCACCUUCCGGGGUUGGAUACUUGAGUCCUGGAUCUGAUAUCAGUGGCUCAGGAGGCAACUCUUGGUCAUCUGGUUCUGGAAGUGGUGGUGGAAGGAAGGGUGCAGCUGAAUUUGGUGCUUCUGGAGUGAACGAAUUUGGUGAAACUGGCCUUAGUGGUGCAGGUGAAGCUUCUACCUGGGGAUUAGGAGCAUAUAAAGCUUUCAAUGGCCGCAUCUUUUCCUUGGUGUCUUCAUGCACAUUCACUUUCUGCCGUCACUGUGUUGAAUCUGGAGGAGAUUUCAAUAUUGAGAUCAAAAGAAAUAAUGAGAGUGAGAUUGAGAAGAUAAAAGUUUUGAUUGACAGUAAUGACAUCUCUAUUUCGGGUGAUACUAUUUUAAUUAAUGAAGAAAGGGUAAAUAUACCAUAUGACAAUAAGUUGAUUCACAUUAAAAAACAUGGAGAGUAUAAUGUUCUGAAUAGUCGGAGAGGAAUCCUGUCUUUAAUGUGGAAUGGUAACGCAUUCUCACUUACUCUUCAUAAGCAAUAUCCAACUUGUGGUCUUUGUGGCAACUUCAACAGUACUCCAGGUCAAGAUAUUAGUGAACACAUUGCCAAUAGUAAAAUUCCUGGUGAUUGUCCCAGCGCAGUUAGUAAAAGCUAUGAAAUUUGUGAAGAUGGAGUACAGUAUUGUAACAAAAUUAUUGGAGCCUACUUUGAGAAAUGUGAAAAGGUUGCCACUUUGUCCUAUGGCUACAAGACAGUCUGCAUUGAUGAUUACUGCCAAAAUGGCGACAAAAAUUCUACGUGUGACACUUACUCAGAAUUGUCCCGCCUCUGUGCCUCAGAUGGUCCUGGCAUCUUUGAAUAUUGGAGAAAUGAUUCUGAUGUGGUUUGUGAAAAUCAAAUAUGCCCAGAAAAUCAUAUCUACAAAGAAUGUGGACCUUCAAAUCCUGCAACUUGUUCUAAUGUGGCUCCUUUUCAAGACAGUGAAUGUGUGAGCGGCUGCACCUGCCCAGAAGGUUAUCUAUUGGAUGAUAUUGGAGAGAAAGGAAAAUGUGUACUGAAGGAUAGUUGUCCCUGUGAAUCUAAUGGAAAAGUGUAUCAACCAGGAGAAGUCCGAGAAGGUCCCUGUGGUUCUCAGUGCACAUGCCAAGAUGCAAAGUGGUCUUGCACUGAGUCCUUGUGUCCUGGAAGAUGUAAGGUGGAAGGAAGUUUAUUUACCACUUUUGAUGGAAAUAUAUACAACCAUCCAGGAAACUGUCACUUCUUGGCCAUCCACGAUAAAGAUUGGUCUGUUAGUGUUGAGCUUCGUCCAUGUAAAAAUGGUCAGACAGGAACAUGCUUAACUGGAGUUACACUUGCCUUGAAUUCUUCUGUUUCAGUUGACAAAUUCACAAUCAAUAGUGAUGGUACAGUGACAAAUGACAUGAUUAGAAAUCAAGGUUAUUAUUAUUCAGAUAAAGUACAGAUCUUCAAAGAAUCUACUUCAUAUAUUCAAGUAGAAACACACUCUCAUAUAAAAAUGCAAGUGCAAAUUGUUCCGGUAAUGCAAUUAUAUAUUUCCAUGCCACCUAACCAGUUCACAGAUACUGUAGGACUCUGUGGUUCCUACAACAACAAAGUUGAGGAUGAUUUCAUGUCAAGUCAAAAUAUACUGGAGAAGACCUCUCAGGCAUUUGCUAGUUCUUGGGAAAUGAUGCCCUGUCCUAAAGGAAACCCUACUUCAUGUAUCAGCAUAGAAAAAGAAAAGUUUGCUGAAAGUAACUGUGCAAUUCUUCUUGAUUCAAGUGGGCCUUUUGCUUCCUGCCAUUCUAUCGUGAACCCUAAAUUCUAUCAUGAGGAAUGCAAAAAAUACACUUGCUCUUGUGAAAAGAGUCAGGAUUGUCUGUGUACAAUUUUAGGCAACUAUGUGAAAGCUUGUGCUGAGAAGGAAACAUACUUAGUAGGCUGGAGAACGGGACUAUGUGAACAAUCUUGUCCAAGUGGUCUAGUUUUCAAAUACAAUGUAAAAGCCUGCAAUAUUUCUUGCCGAUCAUUGUCAGAGAGAGAUAGAAGCUGUGAUGUUGAAGAUAUUCCAGUUGAUGGAUGCACUUGCCCUGAUGGAACAUACCAGAAUAAUGAAGGAAACUGUGUUCAGAAAUCUCAAUGUGACUGCUACAUAAACGAUGAGGUUGUGCAACCAGACAAAGUCAUCCACAUUGAUGACAAUACAUGUGUCUGUCAGGAAGGAGUUCUUCUCUGCCAAACUCCCAUUGAUUUAACCCUACAAAAUUGUUCUGGAGGGGCUGAGUAUGUAGACUGCAGUGAUCCCAAGGCACAGGGAAGAAGUGAUAAAACAUGUACCACUUGGAACAUACCUGCUUUUGAUGAGAUCUUGCCUUGCAAACGUGGGUGCUACUGUCCCGUUGGAAUGGUUAGAAAUUCUAAAGGGAAAUGUGUCUUUCCUGAUGAUUGCCCGUGCUCAUUUGGUGAACAAGAAUAUGACCAAGGAAGUGUCACUUCGGUUGGCUGCAAUGAAUGUACUUGUAUAAAAGGGUCUUGGAACUGCACACAAAAUGAAUGUCAAACCACCUGCCACAUCUAUGGGGAAGGUCAUAUUAGAACUUUUGAUGGGCAAAGUUAUAGCUUCGAUGGUCUCUGCCAGUAUUCAUUCCUUGAGGAUUACUGUGGUCAAGAAAAUGGCACAUUCCGUAUUUUAACUGAGAGUGUCCCUUGCUGUGAAGAUGGGCUUACCUGCUCAAGGAAAAUCAUAGUUGCCUUUAAGGAUCAGAAUAUUGUCUUGCAAGAUGGUAAAGUAACAACAGUCAAAACUACAGAAAAUAAAGAAUGUGAACUCAGUGAAAAUGCCUACUCUGUACAUACUGUGGGCUUGUAUUUGAUUCUGAAGCUUCAGAAUGGAAUGAGCCUGAUUUGGGACAAAAACACAAGAAUGUCUGUUAUAUUGGAUCCACAGUGGCAAGGCAAAGUAUGUGGUCUUUGUGGAAACAACAAUGGGGACCUCAAGGAUGAUUUCACAACAAGGUACUCAUCAGUUGCCACUGGAGCACUGGAAUUUGGAAAUAGUUGGAAAACAAGUCAGGAAUGUUCUGACACAGUAACUCAAAGUUUCCCAUGUGACUCAAACCCAUACUGCAAAGCCUGGGCUGUACGGAAAUGUGAGAUCAUCAGGGACAGCACCUUCACAGACUGCCACAGCAAGGUUGACCCCAAUGCUUACUAUGAUGCAUGCAUUGAAGAAGCCUGUACAUGUGACAUGGAGGGAAAGUACCAGGGCUUUUGCACUGCAGUGGCGAUGUAUGCAGAGGCGUGCAGUGCAGCUGGAGUCUGCAUCUCCUGGAGAAAGCCUAACCUCUGUCCUGUCUACUGUGACUACUACAAUGCACCUGGGGAAUGCAGCUGGCAUUAUGAACCUUGUGGUACAGUGACAGCAAAGACUUGCAAGGAUCGGGUCAUUGGCCAGAAGUUUUCUGCAGUUCUAGAAGGUUGUUAUGCCAAAUGCCCAGAAAACGCUCCCUAUCUGGAUGAGAACACCAUGAAAUGUGUCAGUUUAUCCGAGUGCAGCUGCUUCUAUAAUGACAUCAUUCCAGCAGGGGGAGUCAUUGAAGAUAAUUGUGGACGAACAUGUUACUGUAUUGCUGGGGAGUUGGAAUGCAGUGUUUCCACUACAACAGCUACCUCCAUUUUAAGCUCUGAAACAGGCUCUACUGGAACUUCAGUUCCCAUCACCUCCACAGCUAGAAGUGAAGGCACCACAGCAGGACUGAGCACCAGCUUCACCAGUCCUGGGGUCACAGCAGGGUCACCAGGUGUAACCACAGCAGCUGACAAUGGAAGUACAAGUGAUACAGCCUUCACAACAGGAGGAACUGGAAGCCCAACUGAACCAACUCUUACUGGGAAGGCAGGCAGCACACCUGGGGAACGUAGCACUGGAGGUACAAGCCCAGGAAACUCAGGUACCACCAGAGUGUCCCUGGGAGCGACCUCAGGAGCAGACAGGGGCAGCACAACUGGACCAUCAGGCACUGGGGCUGCCAGCACUGGAAGCCCAGCAGCAACAAGUGGAAGAGCAGAUAUGUCCACCACUGUCUCUGCUGGUGACAACACAUCUGGAAGAACAGCAGGCACACCUGGGGCAUCAUCUGGAGCAACCCCUGAAGCUCGAGGUGGCAGCACCCCUGGAGAACCAGGAGCCGCAGGUUCUGGGACCACAGGAGUGUCUGCAGGCUCCACCACUGCCAGCCCUGGGACCUCAGCUACACGAACUACAGUCUCUGCUACCAGCAAAUCAGGCACUACUGGAUCAUUAGUUGAAACAUCCAGAGCCUCAGGCAGUGAACUGACAUCAACUGGAGACAAGUCAGGUACAGCAGGAGAGUCCCUGGGAGCAACCUCAGGAGCAGGCAGGGGUAGCACACCUGGACCAUCAGGUACUGGGGCCACUAGUGAUGGGAGCCCAGCAGCAACAAGUAGAAGAGCAGAUAUGUCCACCACUGUCUCUGCUGGUGACAACACAUCUGGAAGAACAGAUACACCUGGAAUAUCAUCUGGAGCAACCCCUGAGGCUCGAGAUGGUAGCACUCCUGGAGAAGCAGGCACUGGAGCUACAAGUUCAGGGAUGACAGGAGUGUCUAUAGGCUCCACCACUGCCAGCCCUGGAGACUCCACUAGACCUUCCUCAGCCUCUGUUAGCAGCACAUUAGCAGGCACUGCUGGAACUUCAGUUCCCAUCACCUCCACAGCUGAAACUGCAGGCACCACAGUAGGACUGAGCACCAGCUUAACUAAUCCUGGGGUCACAGCAGGUACAGCAGAGGCAUCCCUGGGAGUGACCUCAGGAGCAGGCAGGGGCAGCACACCUGAACCAUCAGGCACUGGGGCCACCAGUGCAGGAAGCCCAGCAGGAACAAGUGGGAGAUCUGACACAGCCACCACUGUCUCUGUUGGUGAAAACACAUCUGGAAGGACAGGCACACCUGGAGCAUCAUCUGGAGCAACCCCUGAAGCUCGAGGUGGCAGUACCACUAGAGAAGCAGGCACUGGAUCCCCAGGUUCAGAGACCACAGGAGUGUCUGCAGGCUCCACCACUGCCAGCCCUGGAGAAUCAGCUAACCCUACCUCAACCUCUGUUAGCAGCAAAUCAGGCACUAUUGGACCAUCCGUUGGCACAACAACCAGAGCCCGAAGCAAUGCAGUGACAUCAAGUGAAGGGAACUCAGGCUCUUCUGCAACUUUAGUUCCCAUCACCUCCACAGCUGGAAGUGCAGGUACCACAGCAGGACUGAGCCCCAGCUCCACCAGGUCUGGAGACACAUCAAGAACAGGAAGCCCUAGUACAGAGACACCUAGUGUGGAGGAGGGCAGCACUGCUGGGAAACCCAGCACUGGACCUACAAGCACGGGAAACUCAGCAUCAAGAGGAGGAACUGACACAGCAACCACUGUCUCUACUGGUGAAAACACAUCUGGAAGGACAGGCACACAGGAAGCAUCAUCUGGAGCAACCACUGAAGCUCAAGGUGGCAGCACCCCUGGAGCAGUGGGCACUGGAGCCACAGGUUCAGGAACCAGUGGAGUGUCUGCAGCUGCCUCUACCACUGCCAGCCCUGGAGACUCAGCUAGAACUUCCUCAGCUUCUGCUGGCAGCAAAUCAGGCACUACUAGACCAAUAAGCAGUGCCCAAAGCAAUUUGGUGACAUCAUCUGAAGAGAUCUCAGCUGCUACUGGAAGAUCAGUUCCCAUCACCCCCCCAGCUGGAACUGCAGGCAGCACAGCAGGCCCGAGCCCCAGCUUCACCAGUCCUGGGGACACAUCAAGAACUGGAGGACCAAGUGCAACAACACCUAGUGGUGAGGAGGGCAGCACACCCAGGGAACCCAGCACUGGAGCUACAAGCCCAGGAAGCUCAGGUACAGCAGGAGCAUCCCUGGGAGUGACCUCAGGAGCAGUCAGAGACAGAACAUCUGGAUCCUUAGGCACUGAGUCCACCAGCACUAGAACCCCAGCAACAUCGAGAGGAGGAGCUGACACAGCAACCCCUGUCUCUGCUGGUGAAAACACAUCUGGAAGGACAGGCACACAGGAAGUAUCAUCUGGAGCAACCACUGAAGCUCAAGGUGGCAGCACCCCUGGAGCAGCGGGCACUGGAGUCACAGGUUCAGGAACCAGUGGAGUGUCUGCAGCUGCCUCUACCACUGCCAGCCCUGGAGACUCAGCUAGAACUUCCUCAACUUCUCUUAGCAGCAAAUCAGGCACUGCAGGACCAUCAUCAGUUGGCACAACAACCAGUGCCCAAAGCAAUGUGGGGACAUCACCUGAAGAGAUCUCAGAUGCUACUGGAAGAUCAGUUCCCAUCACCUCCACAGCUGGAACUGCAGGCUCCACAACAGGACUGAGCCCCAGCUUCACCAGUCCUGGGGACACAUCAGGAACUGGAGGCCCAGGUGCAACAACGGUUAGUGGUGAGGAGGGCAGAACACCCAGGGAACCAAACACUGGAGCUACAAGCCCAGGAAGCUCAGGUACAGCAGGAGCAUCCCUGGGAGUGACCUCAGGAGCAGGCAGGGGCAGCACACCUGAACCAUCAGGCACUGGGGCCACCAGUGCAGGAAGCCCAGCAGGAACAAGUGGAAGAUCUGACACAGCCACCACUGUCUCUGCUGGUGAAAACACUUCUGGAAGGACAGGCACACCUGGAGCAUCAUCUGGAGCAACCCCUGAAGCUCGAGGUGGCAGUACCACUAGAGAAGCAGGCACUGGAUCCCCAGGAUCAGAGACCACAGGGGUGUCUGCAGGCUCCACCACUGCCAGCCCUGGAGAAUCAGUUAACCCUGCCUCCACCUCUGCUAGCAGCAAAUCAGGCACUAUUGGACCAUCCGUUGGCACAACAACCAGAGCCCAAAGCAAUGCAGUGACAUCAAGUGAAGGGAACUCAGGUUCUACUGCAACUUCAGUUCCCAUUACCUCCAUAGGUGGAAGUGCAGGCACCACAGCAGGACUGAGCCCCAGCUCCACCAGGUCUGGAGACACAUCAGGAACAGGAAACCCUAGUACACAGACCUCUAGUGGGGAAGAGGGCAGCUCCCCUGGAAAACCCAGCACUGGACCUACAAGCACAGGAAUCUCAGGUACAGCAGUAGCAUCCCUGGGAGUGACCUCAGGAGCAGUCAGAGACAGAACAUCUGGAUCUUCAGGCACUGAGUCCACCAGCACUAGAACCCCAGCAGCCUCGAGAGGAGGAGAUGACAAGGCCACCACUGUUUCUGCUGGUGAAAACACAUCUGGAAGAACAGGUACUGAGGAGCACAAGCAGCAUGAAAUCCAGGCAGUAGAGAUGAGAGCUAAUUACUCAGAACUAGUCUUGACAGGUUUUCCUGAGAAAUCUGACCAUUAUGAUCCAGGCACACAGGAAGUAUCAUCUGGAGCAACCACUGAAGCUCAAGGUGGCAGCACCCCUGGAGCAGUGGGCACUGGAGCCACGGGUUCAGGAACCAGUGGAGUGUCUGCAGCUGCCUCUACCACUGCCAGUCCUGGAGACUCAGCUAGAACUUCCUCAACUUCUGGUGGCAGCAAAUCAGGCACUGCAGGACCAUCAUCAGUUGGCACAACAACCAGUGCCCAAAGCAAUGUGGGGACAUCACCUGAAGAGAUCUCAGAUGCUACUGGAAGAUCAGUUCCCAUCACCUCCACAGCUGGAACUGCAGGCAGCACAGCAGGCCCGAGCCCCAGCUUCACCAGUCUUGGGUACACAUCAGGAACUGGAGGCCCAGGUGCAACAACGGUUAGUGGUGAGGAGGGCAGAACACCCAGGGAACCAAACACUGGAGCUACAAGCCCAGGAAGCUCAGGUACAGCAGGAACAUCCCUGGGAGUGACCUCAGGAGCAGGCAGGGGCAGCACACCUGAACCAUCAGGCACUGGGGCCACCAGUGCAGGAAGCCCAGCAGGAACAAGUGGAAGAUCUGACACAGCCACCACUGUCUCUGCUGGUGAAAACACUUCUGGAAGGACAGGCACACCUGGAGCAUCAUCUGGAGCAACCCCUGAAGCUCGAGGUGGCAGUACCACUAGAGAAGCAGGCACUGGAUCCCCAGGAUCAGAGACCACAGGGGUGUCUGCAGGCUCCACCACUGCCAGCCCUGGAGAAUCAGUUAACCCUGCCUCCACCUCUGCUAGCAGCAAAUCAGGCACUAUUGGACCAUCCGUUGGCACAACAACCAGAGCCCAAAGCAAUGCAGUGACAUCAAGUGAAGGGAACUCAGGUUCUACUGCAACUUCAGUUCCCAUUACCUCCAUAGGUGGAAGUGCAGGCACCACAGCAGGACUGAGCCCCAGCUCCACCAGGUCUGGAGACACAUCAGGAACAGGAAACCCUAGUACACAGACCUCUAGUGGGGAAGAGGGCAGCUCCCCUGGAAAACCCAGCACUGGACCUACAAGCACAGGAAUCUCAGGUACAGCAGUAGCAUCCCUGGGAGUGACCUCAGGAGCAGUCAGAGACAGAACAUCUGGAUCUUCAGGCACUGAGUCCACCAGCACUAGAACCCCAGCAGCCUCGAGAGGAGGAGAUGACAAGGCCACCACUGUUUCUGCUGGUGAAAACACAUCUGGAAGAACAGGUACUGAGGAGCACAAGCAGCAUGAAAUCCAGGCAGUAGAGAUGAGAGCUAAUUACUCAGAACUAGUCUUGACAGGUUUUCCUGAGAAAUCUGACCAUUAUGAUCCAGGCACACAGGAAGUAUCAUCUGGAGCAACCACUGAAGCUCAAGGUGGCAGCACCCCUGGAGCAGUGGGCACUGGAGCCACGGGUUCAGGAACCAGUGGAGUGUCUGCAGCUGCCUCUACCACUGCCAGUCCUGGAGACUCAGCUAGAACUUCCUCAACUUCUGGUGGCAGCAAAUCAGGCACUGCAGGACCAUCAUCAGUUGGCACAACAACCAGUGCCCAAAGCAAUGUGGGGACAUCACCUGAAGAGAUCUCAGAUGCUACUGGAAGAUCAGUUCCCAUCACCUCCACAGCUGGAACUGCAGGCAGCACAGCAGGCCCGAGCCCCAGCUUCACCAGUCUUGGGUACACAUCAGGAACUGGAGGCCCAGGUGCAACAACGGUUAGUGGUGAGGAGGGCAGAACACCCAGGGAACCAAACACUGGAGCUACAAGCCCAGGAAGCUCAGGUACAGCAGGAACAUCCCUGGGAGUGACCUCAGGAGCAGGCAGGGGCAGCACACCUGAACCAUCAGGCACUGGGGCCACCAGUGCAGGAAGCCCAGCAGGAACAAGUGGAAGAUCUGACACAGCCACCACUGUCUCUGCUGGUGAAAACACUUCUGGAAGGACAGGCACACCUGGAGCAUCAUCUGGAGCAACCCCUGAAGCUCGAGGUGGCAGUACCACUAGAGAAGCAGGCACUGGAUCCCCAGGAUCAGAGACCACAGGGGUGUCUGCAGGCUCCACCACUGCCAGCCCUGGAGAAUCAGUUAACCCUGCCUCCACCUCUGCUAGCAGCAAAUCAGGCACUAUUGGACCAUCCGUUGGCACAACAACCAGAGCCCAAAGCAAUGCAGUGACAUCAAGUGAAGGGAACUCAGGUUCUACUGCAACUUCAGUUCCCAUUACCUCCAUAGGUGGAAGUGCAGGCACCACAGCAGGACUGAGCCCCAGCUCCACCAGGUCUGGAGACACAUCAGGAACAGGAAACCCUAGUACACAGACCUCUAGUGGGGAAGAGGGCAGCUCCCCUGGAAAACCCAGCACUGGACCUACAAGCACAGGAAUCUCAGGUACAGCAGUAGCAUCCCUGGGAGUGACCUCAGGAGCAGUCAGAGACAGAACAUCUGGAUCUUCAGGCUCUGAGUCCACCAGCUCUAGAACCCAAGCAGCCUCGAGAGGAGGAGAUGACACAGCAACCACUGUCUCUGCUGGUGAAAACACAUCUGGAAGGACAGGCACACAGGAAGUAUCAUCUGGAGCAACCACUGAAGCUCAAGGUGGCAGCACCCCUAGAACAGUGGGCACUGGAGUCACAGGUUCAGGAACCAGUGGAGUGUCUGCAGCUGCCUCUACCACUGCCAGUCCUAGAGACUCAACUAGACCUUUCUCAACUUCUGGUGGCAGCAAAUCUGGCACUGCAGGACCAUCAUCAAUUGGCACAACAACCGGUGCCCAAAGCAAUGUGGGGACAUCACCUGAAGAAUUCUCAGAUUCUACUGGAAGAUCAGUUCCCAUCACCUCCACAGCUGGAACUACAGGCUCCACAACAGGACUGAGCCCCAGCUUCACCAGUCCUGGGGACACAUCAGGAACUGGAGGCCCAGGUCCAACAACUGUUAGUGGUGAGGAGGGCAGCACAACUGAGGAACCCAGCACUGGAGCUACAAGCCCAGGGCACUCAGGUACAGCAGGAUCAUCCCUGGGAGUGACCUCAGACGCAGGCAUAGGCAGCACAUCAGGACUAUCAGGCACUGGGGCCACCAACACUGGAAGCCCUGCAGGCACACCCAGGGCAUCAUCGGGAACAACUGCUGAAGGUCGAGGUGGUAGCACCCCUGGAGAAGCAGGGAGUAGAGCCACAGGUUCAGGUACAACAGGAGUGUCCCUGGGAGUGACCUCAGGAGUAGGCAGGGGGAGCACACCUGGACCAUCAGGCACUGGGGCCACCAGUGCUGGAAGUCCAGCAGCAACCAGAGCAGGAGGUGAUGCAGCCAGCACUGUCUCUGCUGGUGAAAACACAUCUGGAAGAACAGGUAUACCUGGAAUGUCAUCUGGCACAACCCUUGGAACUCAAGGUCGCAGUACCACUGAGGAAGCAGUCACUGGAACCACAGGCUCAGGGACCACAGGAGUCUCUACAGGCUCCACCACUGCCAGCCUUGGGGAUUCUGCUACAUCUUCCUCAAUCUCUCCUAGUAGCAAAUCAAGUACUACUGGACCAUCUGUUGGCAUAACAACCAGAGCUCGAAGCAAUGCAGUGACAUCACCUGAAGGGAACUCAGGCUCUACUGUGACUUCAGUUCCCAUCACCUCUGCAGCUGGAGGUUCAAGAACCACAGCAGGACUGAGCCUCAGCUUCACCAGUCCUGGGGACACAUCAGGCACACCUGGGGCAACAUCUGGAGCAACCCCUGAAGCUCGAGGUGGCAGCACCCCUGGAGAAGCAGGCACUGGAGCUACAGGUUCAGGAGUGUCUGAAGCUGCCUCCACCACUGCCAGUCCUGGACACUCAACUAGACCUUCCUCAACUUCUGCUAGCAACAAAUCAGGUACUACUGGACCAUCAGUUGGCGCAACAACCAGAGCCCAAAGCAAUGAAGAGACAUCACCUGAAGGGAAAUCAGGUACUACUGGAACAUUAGUUCCUGUCACCUCUACAGCUGGACAUGCAGGUACCUCAGCAGAACAGAGCCCCAGCUUUACCAGUCCUGGGGACACAUCAGUUGGAACUAGAGGCCCAAGUGCAACAACACAUAAUGGAGAGGAGGGCAGCACUCCCAGGGAACCCAGCACUGGAUCUACAAGCCCAGGGCACUCAGGUACAACAGGAGAGUCCCUGAGAGUGACCUCAGGAGCAGGCCAGGGGAGCACAACUGGACCAUCAAGUACUGGAGCCAUCAGUGCCAGAAGCCCAGCAGGUACACCUGGAGCAUCAUCUGGAGAAACCCCAGAAGCUGGAGGAGGCAGCACCCCCGAAGAAUCAGGCACUAUAGCCACAGGUUCAGCUUCAUCCACUGCUGCCAGUCCUGGAGACUCAACUAGACUUUCUGUAACUUCGGCUAGCAGCAAAUCAGGUACAUCAGGAGUGCCCCUGGAAGUGACCUCAGGAGCAGGCAGGGGAAGCACAUCAGGUACUGGGGUCACCAGUGCUGGAAGCCCAGCAGCAACGAGAGAGGUAGCUGACACAUCCACCACUGCCUCUGCUGUUGAGAAUACAUCUGGAAGAACAGGUACCCCUGGAGCAUCAUCUGGAGCAACCCUGAAAGCUCAAGGUGGCAGCACCCCUCAUCAAGCAGUUACUGAAGUCACAGGUUCAGGGACCACAGGAGUGUCUGAUGGCUCCACCACUGCCAGCAAUGAGGACUCAGCUAGACCAUCCACAGCCUCUGUUAGCAGCAAAUCAGGCACUACUGGACCAUCAGUUGGUACAACAACCAGAGCCCAAACCAAUGAAGUGACAUCACCUGAAGCACACUCAGGUACUACUGGAACUUCAGCUCCCAUCAACUCCACAGCUGGAAGUGCAGGCACCACAGCCCAACUGAGCACCAGCUUCACCAGUCCUGGGGUCACACCAGGAGGAACAAGAAACCCUACUACACCAACACCUACUGGGGAGGAGGGCAGCACACCCAGCAAACCCAACCCUGGAGCUACAAGCCAAGGAACCUUAGGUACAUCAGGUACAGGCACGUCCCUGGGAGUGACCUCAGGAUCAGGCAGGGGCAGUACAUCUGGACCAUCAGGCACUGGGUCCACCAGUGCUGGAAGCCCAGCAGCAACCAGAGGAGGAGCUGAGGCAGCCACCACUGUCUCUGCUGCCGAGAACACUUCUGGAAGAACAGGUACACCUGGAGUAUCAUCUGGAGCAACCCCUGAAGCUCAAGGUGGCAGCACCUCUGGAGAAGCAGGCACUGGAGCCACAGAUUCAGGGACCACAGGAGUGUCUGCAGGCUCCACCACUGCCAUCCAUGGAGACUCAGUUAGAUCAUCCACAGCCUCUGUUAGCAGCAAAGCAGGUACUCCUGGAUCAUCAAUUGACACAACAACCAGAGCCUCAAGCAAUGAAGUGACAUCCCCUGAAGGGAACACACGUGCUACUGGAACUUCAGUUCUCACCACCUCCAUGUCUGGAAGUGCAGGCACCACAGCAGGACUGAGUCCAAGCUCCCCCAGUCUUGGGGCCACAUCAGGAGGAACAAGAAACCCUACUACACCAACACCUACUGGGGAGGAGGGCAGCACACCCAGCAAACCCAACCCUGGAGCUACAAGCCAAGGAACCUUAGGUACAUCAGGUACAGGCACGUCCCUGGGAGUGACCUCAGGAUCAGGCAGGGGCAGUACAUCUGGACCAUCAGGCACUGGGUCCACCAGUGCUGGAAGCCCAGCAGCAACCAGAGGAGGAGCUGAGGCAGCCACCACUGUCUCUGCUGCCGAGAACACUUCUGGAAGAACAGGUACACCUAGAGCAUCAUCAGGAGUAACCCCUGAAGCUCCAGGUGGUAGCACCCCUGGAGAAGCAGGCACUGGAGCCACAGAUUCAGGAACCACAGGAGUUUCUACAGGCCCCACCAGUGCCAGCCAUGGAGACUCAGUUAGAAUAGCCACAACCUCUGCUAGCAGCAAGUCAGGUACUACUGGAACCACAACUGGCAGAACAACCAGAGCCUCAAGCAAUGAAGUGACAUCACCCGAAGGGAACUUAAGUGCUACUGGAACUUCAGUUCUCACCACCUCCACAUCUGGAAGUGCAGGCACCACAGCAGGACUGAGCCCCAGCUCCCCCAGUCUUGGGGCCACAUCAGGAACAGGAGGCCCUACUACACCCAUACCUGGAGGGGAAGAAGACAGCACACUUAAGGAACCCAACACUGGAACUGCAGGUCAAAAGAACUCAGGUACAACAGGAGAGUCUGUUAGCACAACUUCAGGAGCUGCCAGGGAGAGCACACCUGGAGCAUCAGGCCCUGGGUCCACUAGCUCUGGAAGCCCGGCAGGAACAAGUGCAGAAGCAAAUGCAGCCACCACUGUCUCUGCUGGUGAAAACACAUCUGGAAGAACAGGCACACCUGGACUAUUGUCUGGAGCAACUUCUGGAACCAUUGGUGGCAGUACCCUUGGAGAAGCAGGAACUGGAGCCACAAGUUCUGAAUCUACUGGAAAUUCAGUUCCCAUCACCUCCACAGCCGGAAGUGCAGGCACCACAGGACUGAGCCCCAGCUUCACCAGUCCUGGGGACACACCAGGAAGAGGAGUCUCAAUUGCACCUACAUCUAGUGGGGAAGAAAGCAGCAUACCCAGGGAACCCAGUACUGGAACUGUAAGCCCAGGAAGUUCAGGUACAACAGGAGAGUACCUGGGAGUGACCUCAGGAACAGGCAGGAGGAGCACACCUGGACCAUCAGGCACUAGAUCCACCAGCAUGGCAAACCCAGCAGGUAAGACAGAACCUCCUUUGGGAACUGUGGUGGGGUCCAACACAGUUUUGGUGAAAUACCUGGCUGUGAUACUGAGAUUAAAGGAAGGAACAAGUGGAGGAUCUGAUAUAGCCACCACUGGAGCUGCUGUUGAGCACACAUCUGGAACAGCAGGCACAUCUGGACUGUCAUCCAGAACUACCAUUGGAGUUCAGGGUGGUAGUACCCCUAGUGAAGUAGGCACUGGAUCCACAGGUUCUGGGACCACAGGAGAGUCUGCAGGCUCCACCACUGCCAGUCCUGGAGCCUCAGUUACAGAAACUACAACCUCUGCUAGCAGCAAAUCAGGCCCCACUGGAACUUCAGUUCCCAUCACCUCCACAGCUGGAAGUGCAGGCACCACUGCAGGACUGAGCCUCAGUUCUAGCAGUUCUGGGGACACAUCAAGGACAAGUGGAGGAGCUGAUGCAGCCACCACUGGAGCUGGUGGUGAAUACACAUCUGGACAAGCAGGCACACCUGGACCAUCAUCUGUAGCAACUACUGGGGCUGAGGGUGGAAAUACUCCUGGAGAAGCAGGCACUGGAGCCACGGGUUCUGGGACAAUAGAAGUGUCUACAGGUUCAACCACUCCUAACCCUGGAGCCUCAGGUAGACCACAUUCAACCUCUGCCAUUGGCAAAGCAGGCACUACUGGACCAUCAGUGAGUAAAACAACCAGAGCCUCAAGCAGUGAAGUGACAUCACCUGAAGGACCCUCAGGCACUGCUGGAACUUCAGCUCCCAUCACCUCCACAGCUGGAAGUGCAGGCACCACAGCAGGACUGAGCACCAGCUCCACCAGUCCUGGGGACACAUCAGAGACAGCUGGACUGUCACCACAUGUGACCACCACAGCUGACAAUGGGAACACAAGUGACACUGUCUUCCGAGGAGUAAGAACAGGAGGCCCUACUGCACCAACACCUAGUGGCGAGGAGGGCAGCACAACCAGUGAACCCAGCACUGGAGCUACAAGCCCAGGGAGUUCAGGUACAACAGGAACGUCCCUGGAAGUGACCUCAGGAGCAGGCACGGGGCACACACCUGGACCAUCAGGCACUGGGGCCACCAGCACUGGAAGCCCAGCAACAACAACGGGAGGAGCUGAUGCAGCCACUACUGUCUCUGCUGGUGAAAACACCUCUGGAAGAACAGGUAUCAAUAGGGUAUCAUCUGGAGCAACCCCUGGGGCAUCGUCUGGAGCAACCCCCGGCAAUACCCCUAGAGAAACAAGCCCUGGAGCUACAGGUUUUGGAACCACAGUAGUAUCUACAGUUUCCAUCACUUCAGGCCCUGGAGCAUCUGUUGGACCAGUCACAACAUCUGCUAGCAGCAAAUCAGGUAAGUGUGAUUAUCAGGUGUCAACCACGAGUCUUUUGGAAAUGCCACUGGAACCUGCAGUGGCCUCAAUGCUGGAGCAUCUUUCCCUGGUUCUAACUCACCUUGGAAAUCAGCAGCCAAUCCGGGGCUCCCCUGUCACUUUAGUCAUGGUACAUUGUGAGCUUAGUUGGGACCUCAUAUACUGA